AUGGUGAUAGAAGCGCACCGGGUUUUGUUGGAAACAAAUAUUGCACACGUUCAACAGCGACCGUCGUUGAGUGAUGUUGGCGAGGAAAACAUUUGUGCGAUGGAGUUUGUAUCCAUCAAACAAGAACCAUUGGACGAUGAACACCUCGAGAGCAAAGACCUAGAGAUAGCACUGGAGAAUGAAACAAUGGCCAGUAUAUCUCAACACAUCACAAUGGAGACAACCGUAAACAACGAAGAACAUAUGUCUGAUACAGAUAAUAAGAGAAGAUUGCGCAAUAGGGGUAAAAUUCCGACGAAAAACGGUCAAAAAGACAACUCCAAACUAACAACACCCGACAAAAGAAACAAAACGAAAUACUUGAAUAAUAAAAAACUGGACACCAACACAACUCGCACUAGUAAAUCAAAAGUGGAUGAGGAGAUUCUUAGCUUUUACAAACGCUUGGUGUGCGAUAUUUGUGAUUUGGCAAAAAUGGCCAGCAGAGAGCCAUCGGUCGAGUACGUCAACCUGAGGGAGUUGAAGCGACACAUGCUAAAAAUCCACGAUAUAAAAGAGCUUAUAAUAACGUGCCCAAUGUGUAGCAAGAAAUUAAGAUCGCGGACAAAACUGGUGGAACACAAAGAAAUGCAUCUAAAUCCGGAUCGGUUCCGGUGUGAGGUGUGUGCCGAAGUGCACCAGAAUAUAAAGGAACACAUGCAAAACAAGCACAAGGAGCGCACGUUCUGCUGUGAGGAAUGUGGCAAGCGAUUUCCGUUCCAAACCCGAUUAAAUGCACAUGUUCGUAAAUUGCACAGCGCAAAGGACGUGCCCUGCGAUCAAUGUGACAAGGCGUUCAGCAAAUACACAAUCGAAGAUCAUAAGCGCGCAGUACAUGGUGCCGGCUUCAUUUGUGAGCACUGUCCGAGGAUAUUUAAAAGCCGCUUUCAGUUGGAUUGCCACAUGGGCGAACACAUCAAGAAUCCGCCACCAUCAUCAAAUCUACCAAAGGUACCUUGCAACAUUUGCGGCCUAGUCGUGGGGAAUAAGUAUAUUCUACAAACGCACAUCAAACUGAUUCAUACGCAACAGACCCCAGCAAGCUGUGAAUCCUGCGGGAAGCAGUUCAAAUCAAAACGAUAUUUAAGUUCGCAUCUUCGUAACGUUUGCACCGAUCGCAGCUUUCCGUGCACGAUCUGCGGGAAAUCAUUUAAGAAAAAAAAGAAGUUAACUGAACACAUGACGACGCACACGAAAAGCCCACUGUACCAAUGCCAGUUCUGUCCGAAAACGUUUCGCUUUGAUACGCUGUUGUAUACGCACCGCAAGCGAGUCCACCAUGAGCAGUGGCUUGAAAUACAACGGAAGCGUAAAGAAGGAAUACGAAUUAGUUCAAAUCUUGUUCCAAACUAA